UCCUCAUCCUUUUUAUCGUCAAAGGAAAAAGUGUAGGAGAUAGCAGCAAACGAUGGCUUCACUCGUCGCCUCACUCUUCAUCUUCUCCCUUCUUCGUCUGGGUGAUGCACUCAGCGUGGAUUACUACGCCGAGACUUGCCCGCAGGCGGAGGUGGCCGUGAUGGAGGCCGUGAAGCGAGCGACGGCCAAUGACAACACUGUUCCUGCAGCGUUGCUUCGGAUGCAUUUCCAUGAUUGCUUCGUUCGGGGUUGUGAUGCCUCAGUGCUGUUGAACUCCAAGGGGAACAACACUGCGGAGAAGGAUGGGCCACCCAACAUCUCACUGCAUGCAUUCUAUGUCAUAGACAAUGCCAAGAAAGCUGUGGAGAAGUUGUGCCCUGGUGUGGUUUCUUGUGCUGAUAUAUUGGCACUGGCUGCCAGAGAUGCAGUGGCCCUGUCAGGAGGACCCAAGUGGGAGGUUCCAAAGGGGAGGAAAGAUGGAAGGGUUUCCAAGGCCAGUGAGUCAACACAGCUUCCAGCUCCAACCUUGGACUUCUCCCAGCUGAAGCAGAUCUUCUCACAGAGGGGACUCUCCACAAAGGAUCUUGUAGCACUAACAGGUGGCCACACUUUAGGGUUUGCUCACUGCUCCUCCUUCCAGAAUCGGAUCCACAACUUCGACGCGACCCACGACGUGGAUCCGUCGAUGAACUCCGACUUCGCGGCGAGGCUGAGGAAGGUGUGCCCGGCUCACAACAAGGUAAAGAACGCAGGAUCAGCCAUGGAUUCCACCACCACAGUGUUCGACAACGCCUACUACAAGCUGCUCAUCCAAGGGAAGGGACUGUUCUCUUCCGACGAAGCUCUUUUGACCCACCCCAAGACCAAACAACUGGCAUCCAAGUUUGCUGCUUCACGAGAAGAGUUCUUCGAGGCUUUUGUCAAGUCCAUGAUCAGAAUGGGAAGCAUUCAAGGUGGGCAGGAAGUGAGGAAGGACUGCAGGGUGGUUAAUCAGUGAAGGUUCGUUCUUUAGCUAGAGUUAGGUAUAAUGGAACGGGUAGAGAUGGUGGGUGCAUUAUUUCUUUUAGGCUGUCAUCCUCUCCUUUGUGUGUGUGUGCAUGCAAGGAUGGAAUAAAGAUAGCUGAACUGUCUCCUUCCAAAUAAAUAUCUAAUAGAGUGACAAUGUUAAGUGGA